AUACUUUCUUUAUGCUAUGGCUCGCAUUGGAUGUUCAUAGGUAUAUACGUAUCUUGUUCGAUAAUAUCGUGAAAUUUAUUUAUAAAAAUUGUUAUUUUUCUCCAUGGAGAAUAAACUGCACUUUGGUGGUUAUCCUGUGGAAUACGAUCCUGUAAAACAUGGGCUAUAUGAUCCUGCACGCUAUUAUGGAAAACCUGACACUGCUUUCUUGGAUUUGAAACUCAAAGAAAUUCCUAGCUGGCUUGCGAGACGUCAAAAAAGCCCACAGGCACUUAUGGGAUUGUUCUCACGAGCGUUUUGGCGCUGGCAGCAUAAGUAUGUACAACCUAAACGAACUGGCAUAGCUCCCUUCUUCCAAGUUACAGUCGCUUCUAUGAUUUUUUUUUAUGUAAUAAAUUAUAAAAAGCUACGUCAUCACAAGAAUUACAAAUAUCACUAAUUGUGCAUGAUUAAUGAGAUAGUGUCUGUGGAUCUGUUUUUUUGUUCCUGCACUGUCUGAACUAAUACACACGGUGCAAUAAGUUAAAGUGAAACAAUAU